UACCUUAGUAGUACGUUUCAUGUGCAAGGUUCCUGUCUGUGAUCUCUUGCUGCUGGGGAAGUCAUGAGCUACCUGUGGGGGUGUGAAAUGCACGAGCUGACCAUCCGUACUACCGUCGCCUUGAAUGCCUCCAACCAGCAGUGUUUGCUGCCAGACAGACACCUGGAGAAGACAGAGGACAUGGUUAAGUUCAUGAAGGAUAUCUUGGAUGGUGCUGCUGAAAGGACGGAGAGCGGUGGUUGCCAGCCAAGUGGGUGCGACCCUGGCUACAUGCUGAAACCAAGGAAAACAAGGAGGAUGAUCAAACGGCAAUAGAAGAAAUUGCUGACUUAGAAGCUGCACACAACGUCACCAGAGACAACUGAUCUGAGCUAAAUGUUGAACAAUAUGUAUUGGUUAUCUGCUAUUGUAAUUAUUUUUGUGGUGCAGGAGAAUUUUGGGUGGGGUAGUGAAGACAACUUUUGGGUGAACUGGGCAAAGGAGACAAAUAACCCAUCCUUUUGCUUACACUUAUCAGCAGCCACAGACCCAUUUAAAACAUGCCUGAUAGGGUUGCCAUUUGAUGAUCAACGCACUUUGGUAGCCUCCUUUUCAUCUCUCACACAUCAAGAUUGUUCUACAGCAAAAAGUAUAAGUCAUUGUAUGGCAUUAAUAGUUGCAAGCCUCAAUGACCCUUUACCAUGGGAUCCUCAAGAGUUCAACCUGUUAGGAAGUAGAAUGCCAAAUCAGUCAGGAUGUCUGAUAUUUGGCUCGUACAAUCUGACGAAUCGUCAAAUAACAGAUCUAACAUCCUAUCAUUUUCCUUAUUGGAGUACCUCUGAUUUUUGUGCUAAAGACACGGUUUAUGGUUGGAACACAAAUGGUAUGUGCCUUAACAUUACCAAAGCCUUAAGAUUGCCUAGAAAUGUGUUCCUGAUUUGUGGUAGAAGAGCGUGGCUUGGAAUCCCAAAAGAAAGUAACGGAGGGCCAUGUUACAUUGGUCACCUUUCUUUGCUAACUCCUACUUCAGAAUUUAUCCGAAAUCAUAUUGCAAGUAGUGCAACUCUAUUAAGAAAUCGUAGAAAUGUAGAAAUGUUAACCUCUGAUUGUAGUGAUGAAGUGGAACUUUGGUCUCAUACAGCAAGAGUUUUUGGAGCAUUGUUUCCUCCUAUAGGAACAGCACAUGCCUUGUCAGCCAUUCAGAGAUUAGCAUGUUGGACAGCAAAACAAGCUAAUGUUACUACUAGUGUUAUUUCUCAGCUUGCAGUAGAUCAAAAUAGUUUGCGAAAGGCUACCCUGCAAAAUAGAGCAGCUAUAGAUUACUUGCUUUUAGUACAAGGAAAAGGCUGUGAAGAGGUAGAAGGAAUGUGUUGUUUUAACUUGUCUGAUCAUAGUGAUUCAAUCCAUAAAAAGGUAGACUGGCUUCAGCAUCAUACAGAGAAAAUUACAACGAAUCAUAACCCCUUUGAUGAUUGGCUAAUGUCAUGGGGAAUUUCAGCUUGGGCAAAAGAGUUAAUCAAAACUGUAGGAAUAGUAUUACUUAUUGUUAUUGUUGUGUUAUUUUUAGGACCCUGCAUCUUCCGAUGUCUAUCCUGGCAGAUGCAUCGGAUCGCUGCUACAGUGUUUGAAAAGAAAGGGGGAGAUGUGGGGAAUUUUGUAGGGGCUGUUGCUUUGCAAUCGAUAUGUAGGCGAUUGGAACACAGCGGGUAAGACACCGCUCAGCCCAAGGACACUGUGUCCGCUUCGUGCUUUCUAUGAAAAAAAAAAGCAGAGUUGGCCUGAGGAUGUUGCGUCCUUGUGAUACAGCUGUGCAAAGUAAAACAAGUAAUGAAUCAGUCAUGAAUAUACCUUAGAACAAAGGAUCUGCACAUCUGGAAAUGUAGGGUUUGAUAUAUGAGCACACGUACUGCUUAUAAAAAUACCUUUUUGUAUCUACUAAUGAUUAUGUUUUAAACCACAAAAAUGUAUUGCAUGGACCAAUUAGAAAUCGACAUGUAAUCCUGUAAUAGUAUAAAAAGCCUUCUGAUUUGUGUAUUAAACGUCUUACAUUUACAAUCCAUAUUGGAUUCUGUAAGUCCAUUUCCUCAACUUUGGGAACAGUCAGCAUGCUAACAGCGCCUAACAGCGACAAACACAGAGUCAGGUGAAAUGAAGGCUGAAGAGAUAGGAAAAGUCUUUCUCAGCCUCAUAGCUAAAGACAGUUUAGUUUCCCCAAGAAGUCCCAUUCUACCUGUUGUGCAUUGGUUUGAUGCCAAAGCCAAACAACUGCCCCAGACCUUUCUAUUUUCUCAGCUUUGGUGUAAAUGAAUAUGAAUUGAGGUUGGAUGAGGCCCUGAGCAGCCUGUUGCAGUGGGAGGUAUCCCUGCCUAGAGCAGAGGGUUGGGACUGGAUGAUCCUUGAGGUCCCUUCCAACCUAAACCAUUCAAUGAAGUCUUUUGUCAGCUCCUAGGAUUAGUGACAGUGGGGAAUGUUUGCUUGCUAUGAGCUGAGGGAGCUGUUUCCUAAAUGGAAUGUUCAUUAGUUCUUUAGCACCUGAAAAUGUUGGCAGGCUACUUGAUAAACCUCCUGGAACGCAGGGGCCUGUUGAAUUGUUUUCCCAGUGCCUGAACAACUUGCAGUGCUGUAAUGGGUUAGCCUCCUGUUUCCCUCCAACACAGAAGUGAGGCAAAAGUAACACAGCCAAGGAAAAACCCUCUGGGUUGAGAUCAAGAGGUAAAUACAAAAUGAGAUCCUGCAGUGCACAAUUACCUUAGCCUGUUUCUGUUUGCAGAAAGCAGGAGUCAGCCACCUGCCACCCAUCCCCUCCUGACCCCAACCCCAGAAACCCAAAGCAGCACUUGGCACAGGAGGUCUCUCGUGUUGCAGUCUCAACUUCAAGCCCUGGAAUACUUUGCUUCAGCCAGCAGCAUGGGGUUGGAUACCAACAGCAGAGUCGACUUAACCUGUGACUAAGUGAACUUUAAGUGUUCUGACUCCACAGUGGAACCUGAUAAAGAAAGAUGUGAAUGGAA